CGCUGUUGGAGAUGCGGAAGUAGACAGUUGUAGCAAUUAGCCACCUAAUUAUUUACUAAACUGAACAUUUACUUGAUAAAGACAACGAUAAAUAGGCCCUGAAUUUCAUGAUAUACUCGUUGAUACAUAUUUGUUGGUGAAAACUACAGAUUUCAUCGCGCAACCAGCUGAGAAUUUGAAAACAACCGAACGUGUGUAGGGAGAAAGGUCCGGAUGGCGGACCACACUGAUGUCAGCCUGCCCCCUGAAGACCGUGUCCGUGCCCUGACCAAGAAGGGCAGCUCUGUGGACGUGAACGAGGAUGUUCCCCCCCGGAGGUACUUCAGGUCCGGCAUGGAGAUGAUCCGCAUGGCCAACAUCUACACCGAGGAGGGAAACACCGAGCACGCCUUCGUACUCUACAACAAGUACAUCACGCUGUUCAUUGAGAAGCUUCCUAAACACAGAGACUACAAAACAGCCAACAUUCCAGAGAAGAAGGACACCUUGAAGAGACUGAAGGAGGUGGCCUUCCCUCAAGCAGAGGUGCUGAAGAAGGCUCUUCUCAAGAUAUAUGAGCAGGAGCAUGCACAGUAUCUCAUCAAAAAGAAAGCGGAGGAGGCCACCCUGGCGCAGCAGCAGUCGAAGCAGCAGGCGGUGCAAGCAGAGCGGGACCGUGUUAUGGAGCUACAGCGCCGCCAACGGGAACAAGAGCAGUUCAGCGCCUUCGAGGAGAUGAUCAGACGUCAGGAGCUGGAGAAGGAGAGACUGCGUAUCCUUCAGGAGUUUCAUGCUCCUGGGGCCCCUCCCCCCGACGCACCCCUCCUCCCAGGGAUCCAGGGCCCCUCCCUGCCCCUGGCCCCCACCCCCCCUCUGAGCCCGGGGGACAGCACCAUCCAGAGAAGACCCCCUGGCGGCAGCACCGGGCCCACAGCACUCCCCACCUUCGACCGGACGCUCAAACCUGGGGGUCUGGUCAGCCCUAGUGGGAACAACAACACCAUGGAUGGCAUGGUGGAUGGCAUCCGGCAGCUGGCAGUGCCCUCAGAGCUGUGCAGCAGCUUCCUCAGACUAGCUGAUUCCAACACCAGACGAGCUGUGGAGACCUGUGGCAUCCUCUGUGGCAAACUGCUGAGGAAUGCGUUCACGGUGACCCAUGUGAUCGUGCCGAAGCAGAACGGCGGACCAGACUACUGCGACACGGAGAACGAGGAGGAGCUGUUUCUGAUCCAGGACCAGUAUGACCUCAUCACCCUGGGGUGGAUACAUGUGAGUUACACCAGAGACACUUCUAGGAGUGCUGAUCUAGGACCA